AUGGCCGACCACGACGAUCUCGCAGCCACCCGGACCGAGGGUUUCAAGGUCGGCGAGAAGAAGAAGCUCGAUGAGUACAACAAGCUUGAUGCCGACGAUGAGGCUAUGGUCCGCUGGAAGGCCUCUCUGGGUCUGAACCAGGGCGAGCCCAUCGGCAAGCCCGGCGACCCUAACUGUGUCAUCAAGUCGCUGUCCCUCGUCGUUGACGGUCGUCCCGACGUUACGAUCGACCUGUCCUCCGCCGGCGCCGUCGAGACCCUCAAGGACAAGCCGUUCACCAUCAAGGAGGGUGCUAAGUUCCACAUCAAGGUUCUGUUCCAGGUCAAUAACGAGAUCCUCAGCGGCCUCAAGUAUUUGCAGGUUGUCAAGCGCAAGGGUAUCCGCGUGAGCAAGGACGAGGAGAUGCUGGGUAGCUUUGCCCCCAACACCACCCAGAAGCCCAUCUACGAGAAGGAGUUCAAUGAGGAAGAGGCUCCCUCCGGUAUGUUGGCCCGCGGUCACUACAAUGCCGUCUCGCGCUUUCUCGAUGACGACGACCACGACCACUUGAUUUUUGAAUGGUCUUUCGACAUCGCCAAGGACUGGUAG